CUCAAUUCUUCUAAAACCAACUCACACACCCAUUACUCAACACAAACACAAGUCAUAGCUAUAGAUAUGGCUUCCCUUAACCACUUGUUUGUUGUGGUAUCUAUCAUUCUUUCUCUUCUAUCCUUUUCUGGCAAUGCACAACUAUCUCCCACUUUUUAUGCCACAACAUGCCCCAACCUUCAAACCAUAGUGCGUAGUGCAAUGAGGCAAGCCAUUGCUAAAGAAGCUCGCCUUGGUGCCUCCAUUCUUCGCUUGUUCUUUCAUGAUUGCUUUGUCAAUGGAUGUGAUGGAUCCAUCUUAUUGGACGACACUGCGACCUUCACGGGGGAGAAAAAUGCAGCACCUAACAGAAACUCAGCGAGGGGAUUCGAAGUUAUUGAUACCAUUAAAACCAAUGUUGAAGCUGCUUGCACUGCCACCGUGUCUUGUGCAGACAUUCUAGCACUUGCUGCAAGAGAUGGAGUAGUGCUGCUAGGUGGGCCCUCAUGGACAGUUCCUCUGGGCAGAAGAGACGCAAGAAGCGCGAGCCAGAGUGGUGCCAACACCCAAAUCCCUUCCCCCUUCUCCGACCUCUCCACUCUCAUCUCCAUGUUUAGGGCCAAGGGCCUGGGCCCACGCGAUCUCACCGCCCUCUCGGGGGCCCACACCAUAGGGCAGGCCCAGUGCCAGUUCUUCCGAAGCCGCAUAUACAACGACACCAACAUCGACGCCACCUUCGCCGCCGCCAGGAGGGCCACCUGCCCCGCCACCGGCGCCGACGCCACCCUCGCCCCGCUCGACAGCCUCACCCCCACGCGCUUCGACAAUGGGUACUACGCCGACCUGGUGAACCGGCGCGGGCUUCUCCACUCCGAUCAAGUGCUCUUCAACGGUGGGUCCCAGGACGCGGUUGUGAGAAGCUAUGGGGCGGGCAAUGCUGCGUUUUUUAGAGACUUUGCUGCUUCGAUGGUGAAGUUGGGUAAUAUCACCCCUCUCACUGGGACCAGUGGUGAGAUUAGGAAGAAUUGCAGGCUUCUCAACUCAUCCUGAUAAUGUCUAAUGCUGCUUUUCUGUUGCCUUUUUUCUGCAAGUGCUCAUUGUGACGCCCAUAAGAGACCCAUCACUUCCAAUAAUUUAAAUUAGUUUAUAUAAAAUUAGAGAUAAAAGCAAUUAUUAAAAAAGGUCUCAUCUUUCUCUAAUU